UGUUGGCUUCGUACGAUUUAUUUUUCCGAGAAUGAGUCAGUGAAUUCUUACACCGAACCAAAUGAACUUCGCCGAAGCCGGUGGAAAUCACUUUACACAUUGCCCGGGGAGCCCGGUAAUCCCAUCACCAGUAUCGCCGCGAAAACAAUAAAAACACAAAGCGGUUAUCUUGGUAUCGUGGUUACUGGUGCGUCUGACGGCGAA